GCGCUCACCUCCAAAGUGAGUUCCUUCUUCCCUGUCUGACCAGCCAAACAGAGCUGCCCUCAACCAUGAAGCUGCUGAGAGUCCUUGUGCUGAUUGCCCUCCCUCUUUACUGCUCUGCAGGUUCUGGAUGCUCAUUGCUAGAAGAGGUGGCUAACAAAACAAUCGAUUCUCAAGUGAGCACAGAUGAAUACCAAAACUUCCUUAAACCCUUCUCAGCUGGUCCUGAAACUGACAAGGCCAUAGCAGAACUGAAGCAAUGUUUUCUCAGCCAGUCAGAGGAAACUCUGAACAAUGUUGGAGCAAUGCUGAACAUAAUAUUUGAAAGUGAGUGGUGUGCUAGAUUUUAACCUUCCUCAAGACUUGGGGCUCCAGGACUACAGAGAGUGGACCGAAACCGACUGCUGAUUAAUAUGAACCACAACUUUCCCUUCCUUUUUGUCUUUUAAUCUAUAAACAGCAAGACAACUGUUGAAACCUCAAGUACAUUUUCAUUUCAAUAAAGUAUCUGCAAAUGGAAA